UCCUUUGUUAGCUAUGCCUGAACCAGCCAAAUCCGCUCCUGCCCCUAAAAAGGGUUCUAAAAAGGCUGUGACUAAGGCCCAGAAGAAGGACGGCAAGAAACGCAAGCGCAGCCGCAAGGAGAGCUACUCCGUGUACGUGUACAAGGUGCUGAAACAAGUCCAUCCGGACACCGGUAUCUCGUCCAAGGCCAUGGGCAUCAUGAACUCUUUUGUCAAUGACAUCUUUGAGCGCAUCGCGGGCGAGGCGUCUCGCCUGGCACAUUACAACAAGCGCUCGACCAUUACAUCCAGGGAGAUCCAGACCGCCGUGCGCCUACUGCUGCCCGGGGAGCUGGCCAAGCAUGCGGUGUCUGAGGGCACUAAGGCUGUCACUAAGUACACCAGCUCCAAGUGAUCCCGAAAAAGGGGCGUUUUUCAUGUUUGAUUCCAAAGGCUCUUUUAAGAGCCACCCAGUUUUUCAGUAGAAGCGUUGUAACAA